AUGCCUAUGCCUAAUUCUAGUGCUAAUAAGCAAGAGGAGUUUCAGGGGUGCUAUUUCCAGUGCUUUUACAACCAACCAGUUCGAAGGAAGCAAAUGCGCUCCAGUGAGGAUGACCUGUUUUGCCCACGUACUUCUCCUUCUCUGUUGCCACUAUUGUUCAGUGGGUUAGGGAUUCAUGUGCGUUCCCUUAACAAAUUGAAUGCAAGUGAUGGUUCAUUCAAGCUCUCAGGAAACAUCUCAGGUCCUGAUGUUUACACAGUGAAAGUAUACAGGCCCAAAUUGAUGGAUAAGAGAUGUGAAAAGAAUCUUAAGAAUUAUUUGAUACCAUGAGCAAUGCUCUUCUCUAGGGUGGAUGGGAACUCGCAUAAAUGGAUUGAUGCUGGAAAUCGAGGUAAAAUGGAUGAGCUUAUAAGGAAGAAGAAGAGUAGUAGAAAUCAUUCACCUCCUCCAUUUUACCAAGGCAAGAAUAAGUUCUUUGCCAUGGGUGAGUCUACAAGAAAGGCAGCAGGAAAUCACAGUAUUAAGACUGUUCAUGAUGUGCCACUCA